CAUUAAAUAGUGAAUACAAACAAAUCGUCAUGCGAGUGCAGCGCCUCAUUUGUUUUUAAAAUUUUUGCAGAGCGCCAACUGUCAGAUGUGGAAUCAUGAUGAUGCAAUAAUUCUUGAUAGUGCAAGAUAUUGCAUCCACACCUUGACAAUUUUUGUCAUUUUUUACGUGUUUAGUCUUUUGUUCCAAUUCAGGUGCUUUUCGAAUAGUCGCUAAAUCAGAAAAAUGAGUACCGCGGAAAUCGUUGAUCAAUUAAACGCGCUUUGGGAUGAAGAAACACAAUGCUCAAUCUGCUUGGAAUGUUUCGAUGAAGAAAUUCGCGUGAAAACAUUUUUGGAUUGUCGCCAUUAUUUUUGUUUAUUCUGCAUCAAGGAAUGUCGAUCUUUGCCCGGUUCAAGUGGAAAGGAAAUACUUUGCCCAAUAUGCAGAUCAAAGACCUCAUGUAAAGAAUUGGCCCGGCUUCACAUGCCAAAUUUGACUUCACCUCUACAUCAACUUUUGCAGACACUCAAAGAACCAAGUACUCCUGAACAACAGCAGCAAGUGGUAACAAUCCUCCGUAGCAAUCCUCAGUUGAUGGCAGCUUUUGUAAAACAGCGUAGCAUUCUUAUGCAACAAAACCAAAACCAGCACCAGCAGCUUUAAACAAGGCCAGCUAGCAGAAGAAUGUCCAAAUCAAGAUUUAGUUUGUUUACCUUACCACAGUCCCAAGAUUUUAAAAUGAUUAGAAACAUGUGUGUAUUUCUGUGCCGACAUUUAUGCCAAAAGGCACACACCUUACUAAUAAAUUACCCUUAGUUGAUUAA